AAAUGCAUGGCAACUGAUAUGUCCGGUAAAGCAGAGUUUCAAUUCAUUUCUCUUUUAUCAACAUUUCGUGAUCUAGCAUUUUUGAAACACAAAUUUAAGAUAAUUGCGUUUGAAUUUGGCGACACAGUGGAAUAGUUUUGGUAAUUCUUUCUGUUGUCUGUCUGUGAGAUGUAUAGAAAAAAUACACACAGAAAUCUUAGCUUGUAUCGAAUAUCAUCACACUAUGAAUUAAUUAUUUACCUUCUAUCUACAACGUACAUAAUACGCAACAGCAAAAGCUUUCGUCUAUUUAUUCUCGUUCCGUCAACUUGAAAAUACAUUUCAAUAGCUAAUUUCAAGCGGGUGUGUUCAGACGUUGAAAAUUCGUGUUUCAAUCAAAAUUUCAAGAUGGAUUUAAUUCUUUUUGUGGUAACAUUCGUGACCCUCUUGUUUGCUGGAUAUUUUUACGUGAAGAAAAAGUUGAGAUAUUGGGAAGAAAAGGAUGUGCCGUUCGUGAAACCCAAAUUUCCAUUUGGAAUACUCAGUGAUAUGGCCACUCAACACAUUAGUAAGGCACUGACGGCCGCCUACACUGAAUUAAAAGGCAAAGACGAGUUUGGAGGCAUUUAUUUCUUCCUAAAGCCCACUGUUCUAAUCACUAAUCUUGAUAUCUUGAAGAAUAUUCUCGUGAAAGACUUCCAGUACUUUCAUGACAGAGGACUCUACGCCAACGAAAAAGACGAUCCACUGUCUGGACACCUUUUCGCAUUAUCUGGCCAAAAGUGGAAAACCAUGAGAAAUAAGUUGACUCCCACCUUCACUUCUGGAAAGAUGAAGAUGAUGCACAGCACAAUUAUUGCCGUUGCCAAGGAAUUCCAGAACUAUCUUGAACCAAUUGCUCAAGCAAAUGAAGAAAUUGAGUUCAAGGAUAUUUUAGCCAGAUUUACGACUGACGUAAUUGGUAAUUGUGCUUUUGGAAUAGAAUGCAACAGCAUCAAAGAUCCUGAUACUGAAUUCAGGAGAAUAGGAGUAAAAGUUUUCCAAUUUACAAACUUCGAAAUGCUUCGUAUCUUCAUCCUAUCUUUCUUCCAAGGUUUGGGUAGAAUUCUUAAACUGAAAGUAAAUAAACCCGAUGUUUCGGAGUUUUUUAUGAGAAUCCUUCGUGAAACAAUUGAGUACAGAGAGCAAAAUAAUGUUAACAGGAAUGACUUUUUAUCACUCCUCAUGCAGCUGAAAAAUUCUGGAAAACUUGAAGGAAAUGAUACGUCUUUGGGGAAAAUAACUUUCGAAGAAUUGGCAGCGCAAACAUUCAUUUUCUUUGCUGCGGGUUAUGAAACCUCAUCAUCCACAAUGACAUUUGCUCUCUAUGAAUUGGCUCAAAAUCAGGAUAUUCAGGACAAUGUUAGGGAGGAGGUGAAUCGAGUUCUUGCAAAAUACAACGGAGAAUAUUCUUAUGAAGCUUGUAUGGACAUGAAAUAUCUCGAUCAAGUUAUUAAUGAGACAUUGAGGAAGUACCCCAUAGUCGACGGUCUAAUCAGAGUUUGUGGACAAGAUUACCAAGUUCCUGGCACUGCGCACGUGAUUGAAAAAGACACUUUAGUAUUGAUUCCAGUGUUUGCUUUCCAUCGCGAUCCUGACAUCUAUCCGGAGCCAGAGAAAUUCGAUCCCGAUCGCUUUACACAUGAGAAUGUUAAGAAUCGUCAUCCUUAUGCCUGGAUGCCAUUCGGUGAAGGACCACGAAAUUGUGUUGGAAUGAGAUUCGGAAUGAUGCAGACUCGAGUUGGAUUGGCGCAUCUUCUGCAGAAGUACAGAAUUAAAACUUCUCCUAAUACACCAAAUCCUAUUAUUUUCGAUCCACGAUCAACUGUAUUAUCUCCAAUAGAAGGGAUGUGCUUAAAUAUUCUCACCAUUCUGACUAAUGUCUGUAAUGUUGUACAAUGUACAUGGAAAUACACACCAAUUCGUAUGUAUCUAUACGCUCUCGUCAGACACACUUUUGAUUUCACAGCGUACGGAUUUUAUCUACUUCCACAAGCGAGUGUGUAUAUAAAAGAGAUCUCCAAAUAUGCCUGUAGUAUUCACAGAGCUGCCGCGGUCGCAAUCAGUCGAAAGCUCGCGAACAAAAUGGAUCUAACGACACUCCUUCUUGGUUUUGUGACUCUUAUUCUUGUUGGAUAUUUUUACGUGAAGUAUCAGUAUCAAUAUUGGGGAAAACGUGGUGUUCCCUAUGUGAAACCCACAUUUCCGCUUGGGAAUCUUUGGGGUGUUGGCACUUCAAAGCACAUCAGCCAAUUGCUCCAAGACCAAUACAGAGAGUUGAAGGGCAAAGAUGUUUUCGGCGGAAUGUACUUUAUGGCCAAUCCCACCGCAAUUGCCUUGGAUCUGGACUUCUUGAAGAACAUACUCGUGAAGGACUUUCAAUACUUCCACGAUCGGGGUGUUUAUGUCAAUGAGCGUGAUGAUCCUUUGUCAGGACAUCUCUUUUCCCUUUCGGGUCAAAAAUGGAAAGUCAUGAGGACCAAACUGAGCCCAACGUUCACUUCGGGAAAGAUGAAGAUGAUGCACAAUACGAUUAUCGCUGUGGCGGAAGAGUUUGAAAAGUUUUUGGAACCCUCGGCAAGCAAAAACGAAGAGAUCGAGUUCAAGGAGAUCUUAGCUCGCUUCAGCACUGAUGUGAUUGGAAAUUGUGCUUUUGGAAUUGAAUGCAACAGUUUCAAGGACCCAAACUCAGAGUUUCGUCGAGUUGGAAGGAAGGUUUUUGAUUUUUCGGGACUUGGCUUAGUCAAGCAGUUUUUUGUUCACUUAUUCCCAAAAAUAGCACUGGCACUGAGGAUGGAAAUCACGGAUAAGGAUGUAACGAAGUUUUUCCUAAAACUGUUGAAAGAUACAAUCGAUUAUCGUGAGAGUUCGAAUGUGAAAAGAAAUGAUUUUCUUUCAUUGAUGAUUCAACUAAAGAACACUGGUAGACUCGAAGGAGACAACGUGGAUCUGGGAAAGCUGACUUUUGAGGAAUUGGCAGCACAAACAUUUGUAUUCUUCGUUGCUGGAUUUGAGACAUCAUCGUCUACAAUGACUUUUGCUCUAUACGAGCUAGCCCUUCAUCAGGAGUUGCAGGAUCGAGCAAGAGAGGAAAUCAAGACAGUGUUAGAGAAACACGGUGGAAAGUUCACUUAUGAAGCUUGUAUGGAGCUUAAGUACCUUGAAACUAUCAUACAUGAAACGUUGAGGAAGUAUCCAAUUGUUGACAAUCUCAUUAGGAUUGCGACCAAUGAUUACCCUGUUCCCGAGACUAAUCACGUUAUUAAGAAGGGAAUGUCCGUUAUUAUACCAGUCUACGCCUUACAGCGAGAUCCAGAAAUCUAUCCAAACCCUGAGAGAUUCGAUCCAGAUCGUUUCAGCGAGGAGAACAUGAAAGACCGAAAUCAGUUUUCCUGGCUUCCAUUUGGAGAAGGUCCUCGAAUUUGUGUCGGAAUGAGAUUCGGUAUGAUGCAGACACGCGUUGGAUUGGCUACGAUUCUCAACAAAUACAGGAUCAAUGUGACACAAAAGACUCCCAUUCCAAUGACUCUGUCACCAACGGCGGCUUUUCUAUCGCCCGAAGGUGGAAUGUGGUUGAGAAUUGAAAAACUGUAAAAUGACAUGUAACUUUUGUCACGAUAAAGUAAUUA